AUGUCUGGUGUCAAUCAGCGGCUGAUGAUAAAACACAAGGUCAGACGCUGUAAAUUCGUGCAUAUGUCUGAGACGACGAAGGGAGGUGAAUUUGAAAACACUUUACAGUCAGCUUGGUACAUUGGGCUUCUUGAUUGCUGUCAUGGAACAGCUUUGCGGUAUGCCUUUGCUGGAAUCAAUAUCGUCAACGACAUCACUCUUUUGGUGGCUCCCAUGCCAUUUCUCCGGAGCUUGCAGAUCGCACGGAGGAUCAAGGUUGUUUUGAUGGGUGUUUUUGCAGCUGGAGCAGUCUCAGUGUCUAUAUCCCAGCGGCCAUGCAGCUUACACAUCUACGACAACAACCCUGAGAACUAUCUGAAGUCCGAGCCAUCCCACGGAAUCGACUUGGAGAUUACUGUCCAGCAGUCUUUCGAGAUGAGAACUACUACAGCUGCUGAUGAUGAUACAAGUGAGAAGAAUUUGGUAACGGUGAAUACAGCACAGUAUCGUACUAAGAGGAUGUCGCAUCGGGCUCUGGGAUAG